UCCACUCCACGUGAAUUUGCUAAAUUAGACCACCAAAUCUCUUAAUCAAACUCGAGAAAACCCAGAAAAAAAUGCCCACAUUCAAAUUCAUCUUCUUCACGCUCUCUCUAUCCUUCAUCUUCCUCCAUUCAUGUGUUUCAGUCUCGAUCUUAGACCUCGACAAUGCACUCAAAACCAUCGAAAUCGAUGUAAUGGCGACAAGGGUUUGUGGUGAGAAGCGGGAAGAUUGUUUAGGAGAGGAAGAAAUGGAGUCGGAGAACAACAGGAGGGUGCUGGUGAUGCAAAGGAAGUACAUUAGCUACGAGACACUGAGGAGGGACAUGGUGCCGUGUGCCAACCCAGGUGCUUCUUACUAUGAUUGUAAUGGCAGCCAUCAAGCCAAUCGGUACAACCGAGGGUGUGAAGUUAUUACAAGAUGCGCUAGAGGAAUCAAAGGUAUCAAAGCAUGAAGAAGAAGAAGAAAAAUAAGCCCCCAAAUUUUAUGGUUUCUAGCUGUGUUGCAAAAUGCAUCUUUCUAGGUUUUCUUUGGGGGUUGUAGAAUAAGGGUUCUUAGUUUUAAUCUGCAUGAUAUGAUUUAACUUGAAAUUUGGGAUCUAAGACUUUCCCUGUUAAGAGUACUGAAGAAGAUUGACUUGUUGUUUGAUAGGGGAUUUAUGAAUAAUGUAUGUAAUCUUCAUUUUUGGUU